AUGUCAAAUCUUUUGAAUGUUGUGUUACUUUAUAACAACCUAGGGAGUUCUGAACCUGAUGAGAUGAACUUCAUCAAUUCCAUGGUCAAUUGUAGCAAACUAAAAACUUUACAAUUUGACAUGAACCAAUUGACUGGAGUUCUACCUAGUUCUAUAGGAAAUCUCUCAUCUCAACUAACAUAUCUAUCAUUUUCUGGAAACUUCAUUUACGGGACCUUGCCUUCUGGGAUUGGGAAUCUUGUGAAGUUAGGGCGAUUAUAUAUAGAAUCAAAUCAAUUAACUGGGAUAGUUCCAGAUGAACUUGGAAAUCUACAAAACCUUAAAUAUUUAAUCAUGUAUGACAACUUCUUCAUCGGAAACUUUCCAGAAUUUAUAGGAAACCUGUCAUUGCUAGAGUUGAGUUUGGCAAAAAACAAACUAGAGGGUCAUAUACCUCCCAAUCUUGGCAACUGCACAAGUUUGUUGUUGUUGGACCUUUCCAUAAACAACCUUACUGGUCCUAUACCUGUUGAACUUUUUCAGCUAUCAUCCCUGUCGAUCUAUCUAGGUCUUUCUCACAACUAUUUAGUUGGACCCCUUCCCCAAGAGAUAGGAAAACUCAAAAGUUUGAUUGCACUUCAUUUGUCACAUAAUGAUCUGGUUGGAGCAAUACCAAAUGCCAUCUCAACCUGCACAAGCCUUGAGUACCUAGAUCUGGGGGCCAAUUUCUUUCAAGGUCCGAUACCUCCCUCAAUGAGUGCUUUAAGAGGUAUCAUCACCCUUAAUCUUUCCAAUAACAAUUUCUCCGGACAAAUUCCAAAGUUCUUACAACAACUAAACUUGUCUUCAUUGGAUUUGUCGUUCAACAAUCUUGAUGGUGAGGUACCGUCAGAGGGUAUUUUCAAGAAUGCGAGUUCGAUCUCAAUUCAAGGGAACAAUGGGUUGUGCGGAGGCCUUCCUGAACUUCGCCUGCCCAAAUGUGCCAUAGUAUCAAGGUCAAAGACAGGUUCUAGAACAUCACAUGUCAUUCUAGUUGUCAUUCCAAUUUGCUCGCUUUUAGUUGUAGCAAUGUUUUUGUUCUAUCUGUUUUAUUGGAAAAGAAAGAAGGCACAAGUACAAGCAGCAACAUCAGCUUCAUACGUGCAACCGUUUUCAAGGGUUUCUUAUGGAAGCAUAUUCAGAGCUACCAAUGAAUUCUCUCAACAAAACUUGAUUGGUACAGGGGCUUUUAGUGAUGUUUAUAAGGGUAUUCUUGAACCAGCUGAUGGAAUGGUUGCCAUAAAGGUUCUAAAGCUUGGAAACCAAGGAGCUUUGAAGACUUUCGUGAUGGAGUGCGAGGCUUUGAAAAACAUAAGGCAUCGUAAUCUUGUGAAAGUCAUCACUUCCUGUUCAUUCGUUGACUUUCAGGGUAAUGAUUUCAAAGCUCUUAUUUACGAGUUCAUGCCAAAUGGGAAUCUUGAAAGGUGGCUACAUCCAAGUUUAGAACAAGAGGUUGAUAUCGAAAAAGCUCCUCCACGUAGAUUGACCCUUCGCCAAAAAGUAACGACUGCUAUUGAUGUAGCUCAUGCCAUGCAUUACCUCCACCAAGAGUGUGAGGUACCCAUAAUACACUGUGAUUUGAAGCCAAGUAAUAUCUUACUUGACAGUGACAUGGUUGCUCACAUUGGUGAUUUCGGGCUGGCAAAGUUUCUGCCAUUAAAACCACACGAAAGCAGUUCAGUUGGAUUGAGAGGGACUAUUGGGUAUGCACCUCCAGAGUAUGGCCUUGGAGGUGAGAUGACAAAGGAAGGGGAUAUCUACAGCUUUGGGAUACUCUUAUUAGAGAUGAUAACGGGAAAAAGACCCACGGACCGACUUUUCCAAGAAGGAUUGAACCUCCAUAGCUAUGUGACGAUGUCCUUGCCUGAUGGUCUAAUGGAAAUAAUUGAACCGACACUAUUGCCUAUUGUUGAAGAAAGGGAGACGUUGGAAGAGAUUAUGAUUUUAUUGGCAAGAAUUGGGUUGGCAUGCUCCUUGAAAUCUCCGAAAGAGAGAAUGAACUCAAGCAAAAUCCUCCAAGAGUUGCAUCACAUCGAUGGACUCUUCUGA